GCUUAUUGGCCCUUACAAUUUAAUCUGAACAAUGGAACCAGAGACAUCAGCACUGUCCAGGCUCUCUCCUGAUCUUCAUCCUUCGCCAGCAGCAUUUCAUGAAAUAAAUACGGAGUUUUCUGAGGAAAGUAUAAUAUACUCAGACCUCAAAGUUCAUUGUUCUUCAAAUAUCCAGAACGGAAAAAUAACUAAAACUUUGAAAACAAAAGUGUCUCCGUGGUGCAUUGCUGCUGUGAUAUUUGCCUUCCUUUAUUUAAUCGCUCUGGUAAUAGUUGCAGCUGUGGUAGCUAAGAUUCAUUGUCUUGAAGAGAUCCUGAAUAAGGCAACCAUUGAGACUGCACAUUGCAACAUAAUAUCACAAAACAAAGGUAAUUGGUCUUCCUCUGAAGAAAACUGACAUAUUUAUAUCUACUGAAAAUAAAAUCUUGGCAUCAAGGAAAUUUGUUCUGAAGCAUUGAGCUCCAGUCCCAUCAAGACCAAUAACGAAGAAUUGGAAGUGUAUAAUGUGAUAUUCAUUCUUACAUUUUCUUACACAUCAGAUAAUUAUAAAUAGAGAAUAUUUAACAUAUUGUGUUCAUUUAAGCAUGCUAAACUCAACAUUUUAUGAAUUGGAGACAUCUCAAUCAAACUCAAAAGAUAAAAAUAUGGCCUUAAAAUGAUCUUAGAUUUUAAAUAUAUUUGCAUACAGAAGUAAAUACAAAUACAAGAAACUUCAAAUGUUGGCUAAUAAUGGGGGAAAAAAAUCACAUAGACAUAGAAACUAAAGGGAAUCUGGUCACAAGCGGCAACUAUAAAAGAGCUAAUAUUUGUUGAUUGCUUCAAAUUUUCCUGGUACUACAUCAAUGAUUGUGGGCAUUAACUCAUGUAUUUUCCCAGUAAUCUUAUGAUACAAGUAUUAUCAUUGCCAUUGUUGUAUUCAUAAGAAAACCAAGACCCAGAGAGAAUAAUACUUUUUUUCUGAGUAUCAGAAAUAGUAAGAAUUAGAAGCUUAAACUAUGAUUUAAGCCAGAAGAGUCUAACUCUAAAGAUCAGGAACAUAGUCAUUAUGCUAUGCUUUGCUGACCUCAGAACAAAAAAUCAUAAUGAAUCAAAUUGUAAGAAUAUUGCUUCUUUGUAAAUAGUCAGAGCUGCUUAUACAAGCAGAUUUACAUUUUUCUACCCUGGAUGUAUCUUCUAAAGAAGAACAGUGAGAAAAAGAAUAAUAGCUCUUCAUAAGGACUAUUUUGAUAUUAAUUAUUGUUUGGAAUGUGAAUAAAAGACAUUAACAGAAGUAAUGUUUCCCCCCAGUAGAUCCUAGCAAGCCUAAAGAAUAUAGAUGUCUUUUAUAUUUUAGUUCUCCUCUACUAUGUGACUAUUACUUCUAUAUUUUUUCUUCUUUUUCAUCAUAUUGAAGUUCUGUUAUUGCCUUUAAUAAAGACUUCAAUUCAG